AUGGCCUCACUCAAGAAUCUUCCAGCUGGAAAUAAGGCUGUAGAUGUGGUUCUACUGGACGGGGGAGGCUUUACUACAACGGACGACACCAAGAUCCACGCCAAUGGCCACAGCAACCCGUACUAUCUUUAUGACUGGUGCUUCUAUAUAUACCACAAAGAAUCAGGACAGAGUAUUCUGUGGGAUCUUGGCAUAGGCGAAGACCACAAUGACUACACGCCAUUCAUUGUGAACUACCACUUUCCCAGCUGCAACCCAGUCGGUCCGCGUAUUUCACUGGUAGAUCAGUUGAAAGCCUUAGAUAUUGAGCCUGAAGCCAUCGAUGCCGUGCUGUUUAGCCACGCACACUGGGAUCAUUGCAGACCCUUGAAGAAAGAUUUUCCCAAUGCAGAAAUAUUUUUCGGCCCCGGGACCGGAUUGCAUUGCUCUCCCGGUCAUAUUCAAGAUGGUCAGGUCAUGCCCAUGGUCCAGUGGGACUCUCGAUUUUUUGGUGACGGCGGUGUUCAAACAGAAGCUUUCAGUGAGCUUAAGGGCCCAUGGACACCUUGGGGACCAUUUGAAAAUGCGAUGGAUUAUUUUGGGGAUGGCAGCUUUUGGGUAUUCCAAGCUCCAGGCCACAUGGUCGGCAAUUUGGGAGCGGUUGUACGUGUGCCAUCUGGGGAUCAUGUCAUCUUGGCAAGCGACUGUUGUCACUCCAGGGACAUAUUCAUGGGCCACAAGGAGAUUGCGAAUGUCCCACUACCAGACGGGUCUAGAUUCUGCCUUCACGAGGAUCUCGACGCAGCUCAGGACACGAUACAAAAAUUGAGAGAGGCGGUUGAUGAUUAUGGCAUGCAUAUUGCCAUGUCUCACGAUGCUGAAUGGAUUAAGCAACAAAAAAACAUGGUCUUGAUGUCGCUUCUACACCCUCUUUUUGACCAAGAGUGUUUGGCCAGGAUCCGCGCACACCAACAAGCGUGA